UGAUUACUUACAGAGGUUUCGUAGCUAACAGUGACUCCUUUCAGAAAAGUAUAAUAAACAACACACAGCGAAGGGUAAAAUGCAGUCUGUUCAGUGAUUGGACCACAAUACGAUUCCACCGUUCUUUCGUUUGAUAUUGGCGUGCUUUAUUUUUCCUCCAUGCUGUCUCUUCAUGUGUCCGGCGAUGCAUCUUAUCACCAUUGUGUGGAUUUCAAGCAGUCAAAUUCGGGGGGAAACGGUUCAAAUGGUCCCGCCCUGGCAGGUCUCUAACGGCACGUACGGGUCCCCAAAUGGAGCAAGCAUUCAGGUUGGCCAAACAAAACCUAACCGCCGUUACGGAGCCGACUUAGAGACAAAACACAAACGUCACGCCUCGUGAUCUGCGUGGAAAUGAAGAAAUAACAAAUUUGGCUACAUUGAUUAUCACUAUACAUAUUUAAUUUGGAGAAUAGACAUAACGCUGCUUGAAUCGAGCACCUCGGGGAUUUUUAAAAACUCCGUGUUAGCUACUCCUUGCGAGCGACGAAGUGAAGAAGCCAGCUUGAGAAGCUAAUGUUUAGCUUUGCUAGAAGAAGCCGCGCACCUUCAUUCUACACUCCACAUGGCUGUACGCUGGCUGUGCAGCCUCUUCGGGAAGCCCUUUGAUGGUGGGAAGAGGAUGGAUCAUGGGGGGACCCAGCAGCAGCAGCAGCAGCCGCCGCCGCCGCCGUCGAUGGAACAGCAGUACCCUCCUCAGCACCCCGCCAUGAUGCGUCUGUACGAGGUGCACAAGGAGGUCACCUCCCUGGGGCCUCAGGUAUGCACCUUCAGUGGCCUGCAGAACGACCGCGACUACAAGCGUCUGGAGCGUGACCUGACCCGCCUGCUGCUGGAGGUGGACCAGGUGGACACGGAGGGCAAAAUGGAGUUGCAGGGGGCACGCAAGCGGGCUGCACAGGAAGUGGAGGGCCUCCUGCGCUACCUGGAGGAGAACGCCACGCACCCGUCUCGCCUGGCCAUCGAGGAGCUGAGCAACGAGGCGCGGCGGCUGAUAGACCAGCGUGUGGUGGUGCCACAGCGCUCGGGCGGCGUCGCCGAGAUCGACGACGAGCUGGUGGAGUCGCUGCAACAGCUGGUGCUGAGGCUCACGCAGGUGAAGACGGAGGGAAGGGUUCCGCUGCGGAAGGCCCGCUACCGGGCGCUGACGCGGCUGUGCGCCGUGCAAGACGUGAUGGAAGGCCGUACGCAACAGCAGACCCUCUCGUUGCCGCUCUCGGGCGAAACCCACGCCGCCGUGCACUGCAUCAACCAGGUGAUGGCGAAGGUGAGCGUGGCGCGCAGCCAGCUGGUGGCGCUGCUGAUGGGUCUGAGUGGCAGGGACAGCUGCGCUCACCUCUCGCGGCUGCUGAUGGAGAUGCAGGUGGAGCUGGACGCUCUGGACGUGUCCGGGAACGCGGCUAUCAGGAACUACCGCAAACAGGUGGUGGAGGAGAUCAACGGCCUGCUCAAGCAUUUGGACCUGGAGGGGGAGGGAGAAGACACUCGCAGGUACGACUUGGCCCAGAACAACUCCAUUCGUGAGAUCGAGGCCGUGCGCGCUCAUGUGUCUCACCUGCGCGAGGGCGUCCUGCGCCACUGCAUGAUGGGUGAGCUCGGCUUCCGGCCCAAAGCAGAACUGCAGAGCCUCCUCACGCACCUGGACCAGGUGGAAACGGCCAAGAACCCGUGCAUCCGCGAGGCCCGCCGCCGCGCCGUGGUGGAGGUCCAGGCCAUCAUCACCUUCCUGGACCUCCGCGAGGCCCUGGUGUGCCGCCAGCCGGGCCCCGGUGAGCACCCUUCUCACCGGGCAGUGUGGCUGGUCCUGGGCAGUCUGUCGGACCUCCAGGCUCAGGUGCUGGGCUUUGAUGGCAAGCGGGCCGACAAGAGCUACAUGAUGUUGGAAGAGCUGCUCACCAAGCAGCUGCUGACGCUGGACGCCGUGGACCCGCAGGGCGACGAGGGGACCAAGGUGGCACGCAAGCAGGCGGUGAAGUUCGCCCAGAACAUUCUCAACUAUUUGGACAUGAAGACGGACGAGUGGGAGUACUGACCCUCGCUGACCCAUGACGGGACCUGACUGCAGCAAUGACAUGGGCUGUAAAUAUGGACUCCACUUCCCAGAAUGCACUGCAGCACCACGUUCCUUCUCCAAACUACUUUGAAACACUUAGUGCUUUUUGUAGACUGUGUGUGUGUAUAUGUCGUCGUGCUGUAGUGUGACUGUUUAAACCCAACAAUGGCGACACCAUGAAGGCAACCAUCUUGGCUCAGGUUGGCUGGGGAACAGAGCUGUGUGCCGGAGAGAGCGAUGGCGUCCUAGCAUGAGGAGUGAUCCACAACCGGAAGCAUGAGCUCAGGGCGUAGAUGCGCGGCAGCAGGGAAGCGAGCUCAGCGACGUCUCCUUCCCUUUUGAAGCGUUGGUGAUGUCGUGCCGGCCUAUAAAAGGAAGUCGGAUGAAGGGGCUGUUUGGAGAUGACGGCUGACGUCCGCUAGCCUGACAAAUAAAGCAGGAAGAUGGUGGGAGCCAACCGAACCUUCUAGAAUCUCUGUGCCUUCGUGUUCACGCUUCCCAAGCCGCCUUGUAUCAUGUGACCAGACACCCGCACCCUCUGGUCACCGCCGUCCUCAAACACCGAGCGUCAUGAAGAGCACAAGAAACUUGCACUAAGUCGCUAUGGAUUUACACUGCUGCGUCCAGCCCGUCCUCUUAACUCCCAUGUAGGCCAGCAGGUACAAAUACAGACCCCAUGUACAAGGCUUCUGGGACGGCUACGGGAAGUACGCUUCCAGGAAAACCGUCCAUGUGGGAACUGGUGUCCAUUGGUGGUGUUCGUCCACAGCAGUGUCCUCCUUUGAUGGACUCCGGCCCAUCCUCUCGUUCAUGUCCCGACACUCAUUUCAUUAGAGCUGAGCAAGCUUCAAGUAUUCAGUGAUGACAGGAAUGUGUCCCCGCCACCUCAUCAUCUUUCAUAUUUAGCAUAUUUAAGUUAUUUUGUGUUGAUGUUGAGAUUGACCGACUUGAAAUGUGAUGUAACGUAAGGCUCCGUAACAAGGAUGAUGUUUUGGUUACAGUCGUGUUUGGUCAGACGUAAAACAUCAGCUUUUUUUCUUUUUUUUGGCUUGAUGUAUGUCAGGGGUGUCCAAAGUGCUGCCUGAUGCUGCUUUUUGAAUGGACCCUUGACAUCCUCAAAGAAAAACAAAAACCCCAUGAGUACACCCGACACCUUUUUGUCUUUAAAUACAGCCCAACCUUGGCUUUGAUAACCCCAGAAAAUUCUGCAAAAACUUUGCCUGGUUUUAUGUAGAAUUGUAUGGAAGCCCUUUUCCGCCACUGAAAAAAAAUAUUAUCCCAAUGGUAAGUCGAAAUAAUGAGAUGAAAAGUCGAAAUUAUGAGAUGAAAAGUCGAAAUAAUGAGAUGAAAAGUCGAAAUAAUGAGAUGAAAAGUCGAAAUUAUGAGAUAAAAAGUUGAAAUAAUGAGAUGAAAAGUCGAAAUAAUGAGAUGAAAAGUCGAAAUUAUGAGAUGAAAAGUCGAAAUAAUGAGAUGAAAAGUCGAAAUAAUGAGAUGAAAAGUCGAAAUAAUGAGAUAAAAAGUUGAAAUAAUGAGAUAAAAAGACAAAAUAAUGAGAUAAAAAGUCAAAAUUCCGAGAUAAAAAGCUGAAAUUAUGAGUUAAAAAGUCGAAAUUGUGAGAUAUAAAAGUCAAAAUGAAGAGAAGUGGAAAUGAUGAGCUAGAAAGUCAUAAUAAUGAGAUAAAAAGUGCAAAUGAUGAGAGCUUUGUAGAAGAGUCACAGCAGCAGCUCUUCUCUCCUGUUCAGACAUGGAUUGUGAGUACAUUGAGGAGUACUUUUAGCGUGGCUUUACAAGUGAUGAAGUACUUCAUUUGCUGGUCAUUCCACAUGGAAUAGUACUAAGCAAACGCACAUUGGAAAGAAUUUUGAGGCAUCGAAAUAAGAAAAGGGAUGUGGCUGAUAUGAUUUACUAUAAUUAUUUUUGUUCAGUGGCGGAAACGGGCUUCCAUACGUAGUAUUGCACGUAACAAACAAUUGUUCCACGGAAUUGCAUGGCCAAACAAAGCACCCUGGAACACAUUCAUUAGAUUUACUUGAUUACUAUGAACACAAUGCCCUUGGUUUUGGUUACGUUUGGGUUUUCGUGUGAUGGACAAAUGAUGAAAACCGAGGUACCACUAUAUUAAAAAGAUGUUACAAAUCUAAACAUGCCCCCCCCACAUCCUUUUGAGUUGUCAGCAUGCUGUAAAAGGUUUGGACCCCUGGCUGUAGCUCAUGUUGGGUUUAUUUGAAGGACGGAACGUGUUUAACCAAAGGCUCAAGACAGGCCUUUUAUUUUGCACUAAAAUCCAAGAUGGUGGCGUUGUCUUGUGCUUUACUCAGAUGUUCUCUGGUCUCAUUUUAACUCUGCUGAUCAGGACCAAAUAUGUUGUGGCUAAAAGCGUGUUUCCAGUCAUCCACGCUGAAUCCAGAGUCCAUUACACUGAAUGUUUUAUUUCACACUUGCCAAAGAAUAGUUGGACUACAGCGUUUUAACGUUUGUCCAGACCUUUUCCGGCCAGAGUCCAUAGAAAGGAUGGGGAGGGCACUUUGAUAGUUUAAUACAGAGUUUCCUCGCUUUGCGUUUUUUAGUGGUUUAGUGGGGUUUUUUUAACAGCGUAUGGACGCUGUUCCAUGCCCGGCCUGACCCUUUAAAAAGAAUUGCAUUGUGGGAAGUAGAGUGCUUUGCUUCCCUCUGUCUGCACCGCCCAUUGUUUUCUGCAUCCUGAUUGGCUAUGGACCAAUGUCAAUCGCUGCCACAUGUCAUCGCUAGCUUCCUUGCUAGCUAGCUUGUAAAUGAACGUCACCAGGAGAAGUACUCCAGCGAUUUGUUUCAACAAGGAUGCAAAAACGCUACAGUACAGCAGAACGGCGCCAGGACAAAAAGAGCACGGUCACAGGAGUGAAAAAGAUGUGUUAGUGACUAAAUAAUUAUUUCUUGUGUUGGACCUGGACGUUGACUUUUCUGGGUGUUUCAACAAGAGAUCAAUGUGAUUGACAGGCAGGCAAUGUUAUUGCCUAGCAAUGGUAUUUUGGGAACUUACCCCUGCGGUAAAUGAGGGAACACUAUAUAUUAAAUAGAAAUCCAGUGUAGGCCAAUAUAAGCUAAACUAUGUGUUGUUAUAGGUGACAAAGGAAAUUCAUGAUUUUACAUGCAAAGGGCGGAUAAAACGGAGCCGAUUAGCCGCAAAUGGCCUCUGUGUUGCACUUUGGACACCCCUCCUGUCACUGUCAAUAUUCGUCAUGUAUGACGCAGUCACAGAUGACACCAUGAAACAAGCAGUCCAACAUGUCUUACUGGUCCAAUGUAAAAUUGUCUGUCCCCGUGUCAGAUGUCUUCCAUCCAAGCGGAAAGACGACGUGACGUGUACUCACAGUUGCCAUGGUAACCGGUGCAGCCAGCAGGUCAAAGAGAAGAAGCAAAAACAGCUGCAGUGGGAAAACACAAACAUUAGAUUUAGACAAUUGAUUGAGUUGUGCAGAAGCAACCCUUUUCAUGUGGAAGAAUGUGCUCAAUUUGUGGCGGGAAAGAAAGAAUGCCACCGAUGGGAAUGUCUUGAUGUAAGUCUUUCGAUAUUCACAAGAACAACUUUCAGAGUCUUGGAGAAAAAUAAAAGUGUGAAUGCUCCUCA